UUUCGCAGCAAUUCUAGAUUGGAUAUUAUCCUUUUAUAGCAACUCCCCUUUUGUUAAAGAAAUUAUUAAUAUCCCUUCUUGGGUAUUGAAUUAUUGUAGUAGUAGGUUUGGUUUAGUUUAGUUUUACUAUUGCAUAUUCACCAAUCGGUCAUGGGAUCGGAAGUACAAACCGUUUGUGUCACGGGUGCUUCUGGCUUCAUCGGGUCAUGGCUUGUAAUGAGACUUCUUGAGCGUGGUUUUAUGGUUCGAGCCACCGUGCGCGACGCUGAUAAUAUGAAGAAAGUGAAGCAUUUGUUAGAAUUGCCAAAUGCUAAGACCCACAUGACCUUAUGGAAAGCUGACCUUGCCCAAGAAGGAAGUUUUGAUGAUGCAAUUCGAGGGUGCAGUGGUGUUUUCCAUGUGGCUACCCCCAUGGAUUUUGAACCCAAGGAUCCUGAGAAUGAAGUGAUAAGACCAACGGUCAAUGGUGUAUUAGACAUAAUGAAGGCAUGUGCCAAGGCAAAAACUGUACGAAGAAUAGUAUUUACAUCUUCUGCGGGAACUGUAGACGUUGAGGAACACAGGAAAGAAAUGUACGAUGAGCACUGCUGGAGUGAUCUUGAUUUCAUUCUGACAAAAAAGAUGACUGGAUGGGUAUAUUUCGUCUCCAAGUCUCUGGCAGAGAAGGCCGCCUGGAAGUUUGCUGAAAAGAAUAAUCUUGAUUUUAUUAGCAUCAUCCCUACUCUAGUUGUUGGUCCAUUUCUCGGAUCAUUUUUUCCACCUAGCCUUAUUACUGCACUUGCCCCGAUUACCGGAAAUGAAGCUCAUUAUUCGAUUAUAAAGCAAGGGCAUUUUGUGCAUUUAGAUGAUCUCUGCAAUGCUCACAUAUUUCUGUUUGAGCAUCCAAAAGCUGAGGGCCGUUACAUUUGCUCCUCGCAUGAUGCCACCAUUCAUGAGGUCGCAAAAUUGCUUAGAGAAAAAUAUCCGGAGUACAAUAUUCCUUCAAAGAUAAAUGGAGUUGAAGAGGAUAUUAAGAACUUCAUCUUCUCAUCCAAAAAGCUUACGGACAUGGGUUUCCAGUUCAAGUAUAGCUUGGAAGAUAUGUUGGUAGGAGGUGUGGAAUCAUGUAGAGCAAAGGGAGUGCUUCCUGUCCCCAAUGUAAAAGAAUUAGCCGAUGGAGGCAAACAAAAUGGAUGUGACUAUUCCUGCAUCUAAUUUAAUAGACCCAUGUCAAUGGCACGAGCAUGAAACGGAGACUUGCCUCUACUACCAACCAUUUGUGUCUCGUGUCUUUCAAUUGGGUGUUGCUAUGAUAAUAGUAUGUAAUAAUUCUACAACUGUCGAAGUGUUAUUAUUAUACUAAUGGUAUUUUACUAUUUCCAUGCAA